CCAGACAGGAUGGAGAAAGCCAGAGCAGCAGAGGCACCAGGCAGCUAUCCUGAAUCAAGUCAGGGGACUCAACCAGUCUCUGGGAAGGAUUCCGUUGAUAUCACCUGGAGUCAGUUUGGUGACCACCUGCCGAACUUUGUCAGUUUUCUGCGACUGCCAACCAAAAGACCAAGUUACGACCGAAAGGAUCCCAAGGAUCUCACACCCUUCACUGGAAAUGAUCUGCCCCUGCAGACCCUAUCGGCCAGGAAUUCCUUUGGUCCCAGGAACAGCAAUUCAUUCUCAUCUGCCAGAGACUCCAGGAAAGGAAGCAGCCCCAGACAGCCUAGCUUGGAAAACAGCGUCUCCCUCCACGAAGCCGUGGCCCUGUUUCCUUCCCUUCAAAGGCUGUCGAUCAAAGGAGACAGGCUCUCCUUUUCAAAGCUGCCGCUUCAAAACUCUGGGCUUCCAGCACUGCAAAGAAAGCUCAAGACCAUGCUCGAAAAGUCUCGGGGAGAGGAAAUGCUUAAACCAGCCCAGUCGUUGCCUCAGAUUAGGCCCGAAGAAAUUUUGAGCUGCAGGUACCUACGCCUGUCUCAGAGCAACAUCGAUACUUUGCUGGAGCUCUGCAAAGAAUCCGGGAUUUAUAUCGACAUCCAUCCUCACAUGAAAGAAUCCGACAUUAAUGUUAGCACGGUGCUGUCGACCAAUCCCAGUCGGACAUUCUAGGUAGUCUGCUUUGGCCCAAUUAGAACUGCACAGUCCUUAGGAGCCGGCCCGUGAGGUGAACGUUUCCACCAGCCCAGGAGAUGUGUCUGCUUUGGAAGUCAGAGAAGAAGAUGCAGCA